AUUGUAUUGCAAUUUGCACUCAAGGGGGAUUUACGUUGGCUUUUUCGUCGGAAUAUUGACACUUGAACAGUUCAAUACAAAUAUCAAAUCAUCAGGACCCAUGGAUGUACAGUAUAUUUUGAUCGUACUAUUCCUCCGGCUCUGCUAUUCCAGAGCUCUCACCGUAUUCGCUUCCAUGGCUUCGUCUUCCAACACUUUUCUACCAAAACCCACUUGGCAACACUGGCGUAUCCCCUCAAGCCUCCCUGAUCAUUUGCAUAAUUCGUGUCUACUAUCGCGAAAUCUUUCAUUUUGGAGACUUGGGUUUCAAUGUUUGCAACGUGGGUCGAUUACUGAACAGAUGAUUGUUAGAAGUUCUCAUCAAGCUGAAGCUUUGGUUGAUUCUACUGCUCAAACAUUUGAUGUUCCAAUUCUGACUUGUUCAGAGGCUAUUGAAAAACUAAGAACUAACAGAGAAAAGCACAAAGGGAAGCAGCAAUUCCUGGCAAUGUACUCUAGCAUUUUUGGUGGAAUAACAACAGAUCCAGCAGCUAUGGUGAUACCCAUGGAUGAUCAUAUGGUGCAUAGGGGGCAUGGUGUCUUUGAUACUGCUGCAAUAAUGGAUGGACAUCUAUAUGAAUUGGACCAACACCUUGACCGUAUUCUAAGGUCAGCAUCUAUGGCCAAAAUUAAUCUUCCUUUUGAUCGGGAAAGUAUAAGAAGAAUACUCAUGCAAACAGUGAGUGCUUCCAAGUGUCAGAAAGGAUCACUAAGAUACUGGCUCUCGGUAGGACCUGGUGAUUUCCAACUCUCUCCAUCUAGCUGUCAUCAGCCAACCCUUUAUGCCAUUGUUAUCCAAGAUCAGUCACCAUUUGAUUCGAAAGGCAUUAAGGUGGUAACUUCAUCAGUCCCUAUAAAGCACCCACAGUUUGCCACCAUGAAGAGCGUAAAUUACCUUCCGAAUGUGCUUUCAAAGAUGGAAGCUGAAGAGAAUGGUGCAUUUGCAGCCAUUUGGCUGGAUAAUGAUGGGUUCAUUGCUGAAGGACCUAAUAUGAAUGUGGCAUUUGUUACCAAAGAUAAAGAACUUCUGAUGCCACACUUUGACAAAAUUCUAAGUGGGUGCACAGCUAAGAGAGUUUUGACUCUAGCUGAGGUGCUGGUCAGGGAGGGUAAACUUCAUGGAGUAAAGAUGGGUAAUGUGACUGUAGAGAAAGGAAAGAAAGCAGAUGAAAUGAUGCUUAUUGGCAGUGGAAUUCUUGUUCGCCCUGUGGUGCAGUGGGAUGACCAGAUCAUUGGCAACGGCAAAGAAGGUCCCAUAACUCUAGCUCUCUUGAAUCUUAUAUUGGAGGACAUGAAGUCUGGCCCUCCGACAAUUCGAAUACCAGUUUCCUAGGAAAAUUUCUGGAUAUUGCAAAGUGGGACUGCAUACUUCAAACAUGGAAAGCUAUUUUUCAGCUACUCACUCACUUGCAGAGGCUGAAGAGCCGUUGAAAGCCAAAAAUUCCUCUAUUUUAAUUGACUUCUUUAGUAAGUUACAAUAACCUCUAUAUAAGACAAUUUUCUGUAUGCAAGUUAAGCUGAUUUCUGUGACAAACUAAAACAAUCCAAUUAGCUUGAUGAUUUCUUGUGCUGUGUUUGAUGAGAAAACCAUGGAGAGAACGAGUUUCAGAUGUGUCAAAUAGGAUUUUAGAGAAGCUUCUUAUUUUCAUUGUAUGCGACACUGACCCAUUUACAUUUAGUCUUUAUAUAUUCUCCCUCACCUAAA